AUGCUUCAUGCGAUGGAACGUUUCCAUAUUUUUACCUUAUGUGUCGAUACAAGCUGCUGUCGAGAUUCUCGAAUCCGACCGCCGCAAUCAGCCGCACUCGAGUUAUUUUGCGUACUGUACAGACUUCUCAAAGAGGCGCUUUUAGUAUUGCGCAACAGGCCUGAAUCUGUUUGUCUUGCAGACUCGGCGAUGAAUAGGAGAAGCGACGAAUCCGGCGUGGGUCAGUUCUCGAAACCGGACUUCAACAGUACGGCACUGGAUGAGCGGCAGUAUUUGGAGGAUCGAGCCGUCGAAGCGCUGCAUCAGCACGCCUUGAAUCUUUCCCCGAUACCGAAGCGCGGCGCCCGAUUACUGGAUAUUUCGUACAAUCAACAGCAUCAACAGCAGCAGCAGCUCCACACUUCGAAAAAAUGCAAUCGGUUGGACAACUCACAGGUUACUUCAUCGUAA